CGUGAGCCGCACUAGUACAUUUGACAGCAAUCCCUCGGUCCGAGGAUGCUGUCAGAUGCGGAGUCAGACACUCAGUACGAGUAGAUCACUGCUAGGGUGAACAUUACUAGUCAGGCGGAUCAAUUGAAUUUGCUUUUUCUAAGGAGAGAUUUGUGACUUUUCAAAACAAAACAACAUUCAAAAUGCGUAUAGUAAGAUGGAGUGUGCUGGUAACGACUUACUUGCUUACAUGGAUGAACACGUGGCAGCUAGUCGACGGGCAUCUUCGAUUUCCCUACGGGGACACCAAUUUCAGUUUGAGUGUUUACAAGGCCGCCUUCGAUCCGGAGCAGAAUAUUGUUGUCGCGCCGUUUGUGUUGCGCAACAGCAUUGCAAUGUUGUACGCGAUAGCGUCUGGUGCAACGCAUAAUCGAUUACAGGAAGUGUUUGGACUGCCGACGAACUUCACCGAAUUCAUCAUCAAUCAAAAAGAAUUGCAUUACGCUUUGGGAGGUGGGGGAGAUGGUUUUCGUAUGCGAAACCGAAUCAUAGUCAAUGGAUUUCGGGACACCGCUGAGCACAUGAGGAAUGUAAUGAAAGAUGAUCUUGACGCCACUAUCGUUUAUUUUGAUUUCAAUCAACGCGACGGAGUGGUUCGAAGGACCAAUCAUUUCGUCACCUACAACACCAAUCGAGUGGUAACCGGAAUGAUGUCAAACGGUGAUGUACACAAACAUCUGCAGCUGGUCCACCUGUGUGCAGCAUCCUUCAAACCCCCGUUUGCGCAUGCUUUUGACCCGAAAGACACCAGUCCAAGGGACUUUUGGAGCGGCAUGAUCGAGAAGCUGUACUCCACCAUGACCAUGUUCAAGAGGGGUGAAUUCCGAUUCUCUCGCAUCCCGGAACUAGAAAUCGAAGUCCUCGAGUUACCUUUUGUGAAACAAAGCGACGCCGUUAUGUGGAUCAUGCUACCAGAUCGUGAGGCCUCCUUGGAAGCCAUCAUGAAGGCUCUGGAACCUGGACACUUUGAUGCAAUUCAAGCCCACUUCUCAAUGAAAAAGGCAGAAAUAACAGUGCCGCUUUUCACGAUAGAAUCCGAGUUCAACGCCACCGACUUCCUAAGACAGAGCAUGGGCCUAGAGGUUCUCUUCACGAAACGUGAACUCCGGGUUUUCGAAGACUACGAUUCAUCGCUGGACACCGUGAUGCACCGGGCAGGGAUGCGGUUCUACGAGAAAACAGCAGAGGCCGGCGGUGCGUCAGCUGUUCGUAGCUUCAACCGGCGAAGCGCUCCCAGUUAUUACAAGUUUCAGGUGGCACGAUCCUACCUGUUUGUAAUAGUGAAGAAAGCCAACAAACAAAUUUUGUUCAUGGGACAUCUGAAAAAGCCAGCUCAUCUAGUUGAAGUGUGAUUUAGAAGUGUAAAAUAGAAUUUAUUUAUAUCUUUAAA